AUGGCGACCAACGGCAACCUGAGUCCGUCACUAAGACGAGGCUCGUCCAACAUGUCGUCGCGCCGUCCUUCUCACGGAGCCGAGAUGAUGAACACAGCCGACGCAAACAUGCCCGUUCGACACUCUCGUCCCUUGACCGCUGCUGAGCUGCACCUCGAACUCGAGAAGGAGCAGGAAGCUGUCGUAUGUUAUAUCCUCCAUGUCUCGCAUACCCAAGAUCUAACACUUCCCCUCAGNGUCAACCGCCUCACACGCGAGCUCUCAGCACUUCGCGCCCAACACUCUGCCUCUGUCGCCAGCAACGCUUCGCAGACCAGCUCAAACCAGGCCUUGGACACUGGUCUCUCACAUCCAACCCCCACCCGUCAACACCGCUCUUCGUCGACCGCUUCGAACCGUAGUCUUAGCAAUCCCUCGGCCACUUCGAGUCACGUCAACAUUCACCACCCCCAACCAACCGCUCCACUCGCCGGUAUCUCACAAGCCUCCUUCGACCGCGCCGCUGCAGCAGCAGGCUCUACCACAACGACUUCAUCCAUCAGCCGCAACCCCUCGAUCCGCAGCACUUCUGGCCAUUCCACACCAGCCCUCAAUCCAGCAUCUGCUACAUCCCUCCCCCACCGCCCAUCCGUGUCGCAAGCCGCCAGCGCAAUCUCCACAGCCGGCUCCUUCACACCUGGUCCAGUCUCGCCUUACACAUCCACAUCCAGUGCCGCCGAAAUCGCUUCCUCGCGUGCAGAACUCGACCUAGUCAAGCAAGAAAACGAGGCCCUGCGCCAACGCGUCAAGGCUCUCGAACGCGCCCUCCGCAGCCGCAGAAACAGCGUCACUUCCGACGCAAGCGCCAACACAAACAACCCCAAUCCUCGCAUCGAAGCAACCGUCUCUCGUCCUAGUGUGAGUGCUUGGGCUGCAAACAUGGCUGGCAUGACCAGUGUCGCUGGGCCCAGAGAAAGGAGCGAAAGUCAGAGCACUACGGCAAGCAGAAGACCUGAAGGUCUAGAAAGAGAAGACUCCAUUCGCGUGGGCGAGAGUGCUGCAAAUGUGGGCUUGGGCUUGAAGUAG